AUGGCUUACAAUCCACAUUCUGACAAGAAAGGUGACUGGCAUUGUGAAAAAGUUCUUGGAUCUGGAGGCUUUGGUACUGUCAGAUUAUGGAAGCAUAAGAAAAAUAAUGAGCUGCUGGCAUUAAAAGAAUGUAGAUUAAUGUUAGAUGAUAAGAACAAAAGAAGAUGGAACACGGAGAUAGCUAUAAUGCAACGAUUGGAUCAUACUAAUGUUGUAAAAGCUAUCAAGGUUCCCGAUGUGUUGCAGUCAAAUGAUGGGGACAUACCACAUCUCGGGAUGGAAUACUGCUCUGGAGGGGAUUUGAGACAUCUGUUGAACAGUGCUGAGAAUUGCUGUGGCUUGAAAGAAAACAUGGUUCGUGAUAUCAUACUGCAAAUCACAAGUGGAAUAGAAUACUUGCAUUCAAAGAGAAUCAUUCAUAGAGAUCUUAAACCCGAAAAUAUUGUUUUACAGAAUUUGAAACAAAAUAAGAUUCAAUAUAAAAUAAUUGAUCUAGGCUAUGCUAAGGCUUUAGAUGAUGGUAGCGUCUGUUCUUCAUUUGUGGGCACAUUGCAGUACCUGGCACCAGAGUUAUUUUCCAGCAAAGAAUACACAAGAACAGUUGAUUAUUGGAGUUUUGGAACUGUAGUUUUUGAGUGUAUUGUAGGAUUUAGACCAUUCUUGUCAAUGCUUCAGCCAGCAAAGUGGCAUGGCAUCGUUAAGAAGAAAUCAUCUGAGCAUAUAUGUGUAUUUUUUGAUAUGAACGGUCAACCACAAUUUUCAUCAACGUUACCUAAUCCCAAUUAUUUGUGUCAACCUUUUAAAGAGAAUAUCGAGAAGUGGUUAAGAUUACUGUUAGAAUGGAUUCCACGGAAACGAGGAGGAAAGAUGGAUGAAAUCACAAAACAACCUCUAGUAUUUUCCAGAAUUGACCUUAUUCUGCAUCAGAAGAUUGCACAUAUUUACUGUAUCCAUACCAACACUUUGCUCUCGUAUGUGGUGUCAGGAAAUAAAUCAAUGCAAAGUUUCCAAGAACAGCUUACCAAAGAUACUGGAAUACCAAUAGAAAAACAAGAGUUACUCUUUCCAUCAGGUGCUUCAAUCGAUCCAAGACAACCUUCCUUGCAUUUGGCUUCUCAACAGUUAGAC